AUGGCGGCGCUCAGUGAAAAGUCGUUCAAAGAUUUGACCGUGGAAGAAAUUGCCGAAUUACUUAAAGGUGAACCUAACAAGAAUACCCAAAAAUCGACAAGAGGAAGUCGCUUAAUUUUUGAUGCGUAUCUUCAGGAGAAAGGCAUUCGAAAUCCCACAACAGCCGAGGAAUUGGCGACUAUUUUGAGAAAAUUCUACGCCGAGGCGAGGAGAAAAGAUGGAAAUUAUUACACAAAAACCUCGCUUUGUGCCAUCAAAUUUGGUCUAAGUAGACACUUCAAGCAAGUACUCAAUGUCGACAUAACAAAAGACGUGGAAUUUAAUGAAGCCAACCGAGUUUAUGCAGCACAAUGUGCAGAAUUG